AUGGAGUCCCAGUCCCAUAUCUCAUCAACGGGUUCAAUAGUACUAGGAUGUACAGUGGCGGUGGUGUCAUCAGGUAUACAGUCCUUAGGCAUAACAUUACAACGAAAGUCUCAUUUGCUAAGAAUGCCAGCAAGUCGCUCUAGAGCAAAUACCCAAACCAACAACCCUUCCCAUCAUCAUCAUCAUCAUAAUCAUCAUCAUUAUCAACGAUAUAAACGAAACAUGUGGCUCUUUGGAUUCAUGUUAUUCAUAGUGGCCAAUGUGUUAGGUUCAUUAAUACAGAUUACAACUUUACCCUUAAUCAUACUAUCACCAUUACAAAGUAUAGGUUUAAUAUUUAAUUCCAUAUUGAGUUGUUUAUUACUUCCAGGAGAAUAUUUCACAAAUAAAUUGGGAGUUGGUACCAUAGCCAUUGCUAUUGGUGCAUUUUUAAUUGCAUAUAAUGGAAAUACAGCCCCUAUAGAAAAUCCACAUCCACCUAAAGAUAUAGAUGAAAGAUUUAAUUUAGUCAUGGCCAAAUUAUUAAGUAAAUCAUUUCUUCUGUGGUUUGUGGGUACUUUUGUGAUGAUUGGUAUACUAUUAGUAUUUAACUAUGGAUACCUUGACAAGAAAUUAACGAAAUAUAAUGCCAACAAAAGUUUAAGUUUAGGUAAAGAUAAACUUAUUGGAAAAAAUAAAUACAUAUUUUUAAAGGGUUUCAACUUUGGUAUUAUAAGUGGAACUUUAACUGCUCAUACAUUUUUAUUUGCCAAAUCGAUAAUUGAUGUUAUUGUUGAAACUAUACUUAACAAACAAUCGAAAAUAUUACCUUUAAAGGAUAUUACUCCAUAUUUAUUGUUAAUUCUUAUGUUUGCCACUAUUGGAUUCCAAUUGACUGCUUUCAAUUUGGGAUUAGCUCAAAUUUCAACUUCAAUAUUAUAUCCAUUAUGUUUUUUGGUAUAUAAUCUUAUCAAUUUAAUUAAUGAUUUAACGUUUAAUUCAUUAUUACUGAAACAUUUGAUUACUAUAUCACAAUUUAUGUGGAUUACAGUGGGAUUGGUUGCAGUUUUAUUUGGUGUUGUUAUUAUAAGUUGGGAUAGUGCGUUUGGAAAAUCAACUGAAGAUCAAUAUAUUGUAAUAUCAGAUGAACAAGGUAUAGAAGAAGAAUCCUUUUUAUAUCAAAAGUUUCCAUAUAAUCAACAACUGCAAUCACAAGAACUUACAAGUGAACAAACAAACCUUCUUCCACGAUCUACUACAGGAUAUUCUUCUAUCGAUGAUAUGGUUAAGAAUUACUCCACCAUUGAUUCUAGUGAAACGAACUAUUCAUCAGCUACUGUUUUUGAUUCAGAAGCUUCUGAACACAUCCAAGUUGGUAAUGAACUACAACUACAAUUACAAGAAGAUAAUGAUGAUAUAAUGGAAACAAUCACUCGAGAUAGACCAAUUCCAAUAGGACCUCCGAAACGAGUGUUAUCUUUUGAACAGAAUCAGCUUUUAAAUCUGAUAGAUUUAUAG